AUGUCCCUGGAAGCAAGGCGUCAAAAGUGGUUGAAAGAGAAAGCGGCGGCUCAAGAGGCGUCCGCUGUAGGAUCAAAGGCAGGCAGCUCGGAGGGUGAUUCCGCGGCGAUGGCUGCUGGCCCUGCCUCCUCGGGCGCCGCUCCCAGCCAUGCAGCCUCCGCCGCGAUCAAACUCCUGGCUACCGGUGGAGCGGCAGGUGUUGCAUACGUGGUUUACGAAACUUCGGCUGGCGACAAAAGUACCGACGACGUCCUCCGCGCCUCCCCCCUGGGUCGCCCUUACGCGUGGCUUUACGACGCAGUCUUCUCACCCUUCGUCAAUCCCUCCCGCGAAAAGCUCCUGCCCGACUGGCACAGUAUUCCCAACAUCCCACCGGACGCGCCCUGCCCCCCGACGCUCGUACUCGACCUAGAGGAUACCCUGGUUCACGCGACCUGGGACCCGAAGUACGGCUGGAGGUAUGCCAAACGUCCUGGCGUGGACCGCCUCCUGCAGGACCUGAGCAAGUACUACGAGAUCGUGCUCUUCUCGCCCAGCAACUUCGGGGUGGUCGACCCCAUCACCUGGACCCUGGAUAAACAGGGCCUGAUCAUGCACCGGCUCUACAAGGACUCGACGCGCUUUCACCAGGGCAAGCACGUCAAGGACCUGAGUAAGUUGAACCGGGACCUGCGCAAGGUGGUGAUUGUGGACGACGACCCCGAGGCCUUCCAGUUCCAGCCCGAGAAUGGGAUCCGCAUUAAGCCUUUCCGCAAUGCCAAGGACAAGGCGGAUCGCUCGCUCGAGAAGCUCCGGGGCUUCCUGCUAGCCCUGGUCAUGGAGGGCGUCGCCGACGACAUCCCCGCCGUUCUCCGCCAGUUCCAAGGCCUGGACGCGGAGCAGAUCGGGGACGCCUACGCCAGUAUGCUGCGACGGGCCCAAGUCCGGGAGAUAGAGAAGCAGCAGAGGGGUCUGGGCGGACUCUUGCGGUCGGGGAGGGCCUUUCAGAGCAUGGGCCACGGCUUGCCCGGGAACGCUGCCCGCUCGCCCGCGGCGCCCACCCGCCUCUCGGCCAAGGACAUUGUGGGGGAGCCGAUGGGGGAAAGCGCACAGCCAAACUCCACCGUGGCGGCGGCAGCGGCGGUGCCCGACCAGCCCCACCAGACUCCCCCCCCCCGCCCGGGCCGGUCAAGAAGGGCAAGCUCUGGCAGCGGUACCAGGAUUACUUGAAGGAGGCGGAAGAGGACCAGAGGCGCAAGCUGGAGUUGUGGAGCAAGAAGCAGCAGCAGCGGGAGGAAGAAGCACGCCGACAGGCCAUCGCGGCGGGAGUGGGGGGGCAAUGAAGGGCCAAUGUCGUAGCCGACGCGCUAGACAUUUAAAAAUAAAUCAUUAUGAAACA